GGUGCCGUCGGAAAAACCGCGCUAACGAUUCAGCUUAUACAGAAUCUCUUCGUUGACGAAUAUAUCCCUACGAUAGGCAAGUUUUCCUUACCUGGUCCAAUUUAUCCCUACAGAGGAUCCAUACCGAAAACAAGUCCACAUAGAUGGGGAAACUUGCAUGUUGGAUAUCCUCGACACAGCUGGUCAGGAAGAAUACAGGUAUACCAAAAUUCCCCAUUUUAUCGCCUUAGCGCGAUGCGAGACCAGUACAUGCGAACGGGAGAGGGAUUUCUGUGCGUUUUUGCCGUAAACAAUGCAAAAAGUUUCGAAGAAAUAGGACAAUAUCGUGAGCAAAUUAAACGCGUCAAAGAUGCAGACGAAGUCCCAAUGGUUUUAAUUGGGAACAAAGUAGACCUCCAAGUUCGGACCGUUGAUGCUAAAGACGCCCAAUCUGUUGCGAGAGAGUAUGGCAUUCCGUAUAUUGAAACUUCCGCCAAAACUCGUCAAGGAGUAGAAGACGCCUUCUUUACAUUGGUUCGGGAAAUACGGAAGUUUGUAAGUUGCAUGCUCAUUCUAUAA